AUGCAGCAAGGACCAAGGAUGGCGAUGUCCGCCAAUCCCCACAUGCAGCAUCCUGGCAUGAACCAGGCCAUGGAUCCUGCUACCAUGCAACAGCAGGUGGCGGCUAUGAACGCUGCUGCCGCUGCCAAUGGCAAUGGUCCCGAGUACGGUCAACAACCUAUGACCGAUCAAAAUAGAGCCUACAUCGAGCAACAGCUUCGUAUGCAGCAACAACAUCAACAACAGCAACAAGGUCGAGAUGGAAAAGUUGCUGCGCAACGAGCUCUCGGUGUUGGUGCCCAGGUCCAAAACCCUCAGCAAAUGCUGCAACAACAACAGCAGAUGAUGAUGCAACAGGGCAUACGGCAGAUGACCACGGCUAAUGGAUCGGUCUAUGUCGACGCUCAAAAUAGACAAAUCUCUUUACCUAUGGGGUGGCAACCACAGAUGAGCGAUCCUCGACAACCUCCUGCUAGUAUGGUCAGCCAAGCUCAAUUGCAAGCAUUCUAUCAACAGCAGCAGCAGCAACAACAAGCCCAGCAAGCCCAGCAGCAGGCUCAACAUCAUCAUGCCCAGCAACAACAACAGCAGCAACAGAUGCUCCCUCCUCAACAAGCGCUGCAUUACCAACGUCAGCAACAGCUCGCUCAGCAGCAACAGCAGCAAAGAGCAUCACAACCUCCCUCUGCUCGACCUCCUCACGCUCCACCUCCUCAACUGGGUCCAGGCCAAUCUCCUGCUCUCCUUCAAGUCCCACCACCUCCUGUCAAGCGGGCGGUUAGUCGAGCUGCUUCACGUAGCGCUUCACCCAUUCCUCCUCAUGUCCGACCACCUUCAGCUAUGGGUCAACCUAUGCAAGCGUCCAGCUCUGCAAUGGCUACAACCGGUGCACCCCCUACAAUCCUCCCCCUUCGUUCAGCUACUGUACCAGUGACAAAUGGUGAAGGUUCACAGAUUCACUUCGCCGAAAAUACCAUACACCCUCGACCUACAGCUGUUUCUGCCAAGCCCACGGAUAGUAAAUUUGCUAGACUUCAAUCUACUCAUCUCAGCCGACCCGUCCAGUACUCUCGUGCCGGUCGAGUUCAACGAUAUGAGGAGAAAACAUCUAGGUUACAGAGAAUAGUCAAUCAAGCUCAAGCGGCUUUGAUAGUAGCUCAGAAAGAAGCGGAGGAAGCCAAGGCUGCGCAAGAGAAGGCCAAAGUGGAUGAGGAUCCUCAGAUUGGGUUUGAUACGGCUCUGCUGGAUUACUCCGAUAUCGCCAAAUUACAUCCUUCAACAUCCAGCGGCGAUGUUACUCUUGUCGAGACCACAGAAGAGGCCAAGUCGACUACUAUUUCGCCUAACAAGACUGGAUCCCCCGUCAAAGCUCCUGUCUCCGCGACUAACCUCCAAGGUGAAACUCCCUCCCAAUCGAAAUCCUCGCCCAAGGAUGAGCAAACACCUACAGAUUCCAUCUUCGGUCCUGAGAAAGGAGAGUCGUCGUCACCUAGCAAGACCAGUGACGAUCGUAUCAAAGAAGAGAAAUCAUCUCCUCACGAUAAAUCCUCUACCGGUCAAAGUCCACAAACAGCUACCUCCUCAAAUGGAAAGUCUGCUCCCCGAGAUCUGGGUGAUCUGUAUACUUGGUGGGUGAUAUUCCAAGAUAGCAAACGAAUCAUGGCGAAGAGGAAUGCGGCGAACAAAGCAACCGCCUCUCAACCUAACACCGCCGCUCUCACCACCGGAAUCACACCCUCAUCUGCCGUUGCAGCUCGCAUUGCCAUGGCUAAUCCCGCUGCGGCUGUCAGAGCUGCUUCAGUGGACUUCGCUGGUCAACGUGGUCAAGCGGGCCCAUCCCAUCAUCCUCAAGAUGACCCCGUACCUGUUACAGCGACUUUACAACAGGUGGAAGCGAUGAAGAGGGAUCAAGCUGCUAAGAUUCAAGCUGAACAAGAGGCUCACAGACGAAGUAUGGAGAUGCAGAGUGGUAUGCAAGAUGGGCGACAAGUGGCGUAUCAAAACGGUCAACCUCAAGGAAUGACGCCUGAGCAGUUACAAAGUAUAUACCAGCAACAACAACAGCUUCAUGCUCAGCAACACCACUUGCAACCUCAGAACACUGUACUGCAACAUCCACCUCAGCAGCAAAUGUAUCAGCAACUGCCGGUCACUACACCUGGUGGCACCAUUCGACAUAUGCCUCCGCAAAUGAUGAUGCAACAGCAAAACGGCAUGGUCGGAUCUCCGUCAAAUAGUAGUCCUCAAGGUCAAAAGCGAGGUGCAGACGGUUCUCCGUUGGACAAUCAGAGCAUUAAGAAAGCUAAGAUGGUCGGCAAACAGCCAACUCCUGAAGAUCACCGAAGACAAGCACUCGAACUAGCCAAGUCUGUCAUGCCUGCUCCUGGUAUCCUCCAGCUGCCUGGUCAACAGCAACGUAGCAUGUCUCAGCAACAGGAGGUGCCACGGCCGUCCCUUGAAGCUCAACGACAGUACUCUCAGACCCAAGCAGCGUAUGCGAAACAACAAGAGCUGGCUGUCCGUCAACACAUUGCCAAUUCGCCUGCUCAAAUGACUGGCAUGUCACCUGCCCAGAUGACUCCGGCGCAAAUGACUGAGCAGUCGCCAAUGGGGAUGACCUCACCUUCGAUGCAGCACAACGCCCAAUUCGAGGUAGGUAUGAACGGAAUACCCACUCAACAAGAAACGCCUACAAUGGGUAAUCGAGGAAAGAAGGGCAAGCCUGGUGCUGGUCUCACCGUUGACACCGAGACUGCCGCGGAAGCGCCUGAGGCCACACCCACCGGAGCAUCAGGAAAACGAAAGGCUUCAGCGAACAAGAAACUGCCCAAGAGCGCAACUGAGAAAAUGCCCAAAGGGAAAAAUGCAAAGGGAGGUAAAGGUGGUAGACCAUCCACUGCCGAUGCCUCGAAUCCACAGAUUGACGAAUCGCCUUCUGCACCUACUCCAAGUCAGGGUUACGGUAUCGCUCAAACACCUACCGGCAAUAACCCUACUGGCGGCGAAAUGAAUUACGGUCCUGGACCUGGUUCGGCACCUGGUUCUUCGAGAUCACAAGUCUUCCAACUUCCUCCUCAACAACCUCAAGAACAGCAACAGCAACCCCAAAUGCAAGUUGCUCAGCCUCAACAAGUUGUUCAACAGCCGCAGCCGCAGCAACAACAGCAACAGCAACAGCAACAGCAACAACAACCAGUUGACCAGCAGCCGGCGUUCGAUACCAAUUUCGGAUUCGACGAUACGGCUGAUUUCUUGAAGAGCUUCGAUUUCUCUGCAGGGGGUAUGCAGAUGCCUAAUUCAGCUGAUUAUGGGUCAUUCAACUUUGACGACUUCAAUUUCACCAAUGUUGGCGACAACCAAGAUGACUGGACAUCCCUUGAUGGGGGUAUGUCAUAA